AAAAUUUAACGGCCAACUGAAAACCUAUAUUCUAUUUUCGUCGUAUAUAUAAAGAGUAUCAACGAAGCAAAUAAAGAAAGAUAAAAGAGUAUUGCUAAGUGCUGACUAUAGUUGACGUCUUUCUUUCGCCGCCUCUGACGCCGACGAGAGCCACCGCGAAAGAUCAACAAACCGAUGUCGCCGUCACACUUUUCCUCACUGCCUAACGACAUAGCGUGGGAAGUCUUAGCGCGCGUGCCGAAAUGCAAAUACCCACUCCUCGCUUGCCUCUCCAAGAACUUCACUUAUCUCGUUCGUUCCCCGGAGAUUCACAAGAUUCGCUCUCUCCUCCGCAAAGAUUCCCUCUACAUCUCCUUCAGGAACAAAAACUAUCGCGCCCAGAACCCGCGUUGGUACACUCUGCGCAGAGCUGAGAACAAUCCGAGCGAGAACCAGUUCGUUGUCUCCGUCAACCCCGCGCUUCCUAACCAUUACCACCGCAUGCCCUCGAUCGUCGCUCACGGUCCGGAGAUUUUCUUUAUCUGCGGACCGUUCGUGCAGUCGCCAAGCUUUUGGGUCUUUGAUUCUCGAACCGACGUGCUUCGACGAGGACCAACCAUGAACGCGAACCGAACGUAUAAAAGCGUGGGAGUAGUCGGACGCAAGCUAUACGUGGUCGGAGGGGUAAGAUCUAACGAGAAUGUCGCCGAGUCAUUUGACCUAACGACGGAAACUUGGGAGCCAGCGCCGGUCCCUAAGGAAGAAAAGACGUGGCUCGCGUCUGUCACGGUGUCGUUAGACAGGAAGGUGUGUGCGUUGAUGCUCGUUGGAGCCUACACUGUUUGCUACGAUCCUUGGGAUGGUUCUUGCGACAGUUUUGCUUUGCCUGAAGAUAAGUGGUGGAAAACGGGUGUUUGUGUGAUGGAGAAUGUGCUCUACGUUUAUUACGCUAGAUUCGGGCUGAUGUGGUAUGACACUGAGCUGAGGUUAUGGAGAGUGGUGAAUGGUUUGAGUGAUGUCAAAAAGGUUCGAUCCGUUGGGAUGGCGGAAUACUAUGGAAAGGUGGCGCUUUUGUGGAAAGAACAUGGUGGUUGUGGAAAGGAGAUUUGGUGUAGAAUGAUUGCUAUGGGUAAGUGUGAAGAAGGGGUCAAGGGGACUGCAGAAUCGGCUCAACUUCUGGGGAGUGUCCCUGAUGGUUACAGAAUGGACAAUUGUCUAUCAGUUUCAGACUAAAGAGGAUAGAUAGAUUGGAUAGGUUGAAGUAAUUAUUUUGAUGUGUGGGCUAUGCUAUUCUGUUUACUAGUACUUUUGCCAUCGUUGUACAAAACUCAAAAAGCAUGUGGUGUUUGCACAAGUGUUAUGUUGUUUCCAGUUUAAACAGGGCAGAGAACAAGACAAUAAAUGCGUUUGAAUAUCAAUGAGGUUAUACAGCCAGUUUGAUUGUUUAUAGCUUCUCGUAGGUCUUUUUAGCAGUAGUAGCAUAUCCAGGAAGAUGGUUGAUAAACUUAUACUUUCACAAUAAAAAGAAAAAACGUAUACU